AUGCCUCUGACUGGUGUCAAAAAUGUUGUGCUGGUCCUCUCCGGCAAAGGAGGCGUCGGCAAAUCAUCCGUAACUCUUCAACUAGCCCUCGCGCUAUCCCUUCAAGGCAAAUCGGUCGGAAUCCUCGAUAUCGACCUAACAGGACCCUCAAUGCCACGACUAGUCGGCCUGGAAGAUGCCAAAAUCACACAAGCACCAGGUGGCUGGCUCCCAGUCCCAGUGCACCCCGCCCAAAUUGCCGGUGACGCCUCAGAACCAACAAAAACCCCGCGCGGAUCCCUCCGCUGCAUGUCCCUCGGUUUCCUACUUCGCGACCGCGGCGAUGCUGUCAUCUGGCGUGGACCUAAGAAAACCGCUAUGAUUCGCCAGUUCUUGUCGGAUGUAUUCUGGGGGCCGACUGAUUACCUGCUCAUUGAUACACCACCCGGAACAAGUGACGAACAUAUUGCGCUCGCUGAGCAAUUGCUUUCCCUCUCUACAACGGACGCCUCGGCAGCUGCACAGACUGGACUGCCCCGUUUGGCUGGCGCGGUGCUUGUUACGACACCGCAGGCUGUUGCGACAUCCGAUGUGCGCAAAGAGGCUAAUUUCUGUGUUAAGACAAAUAUUCCUGUUCUUGGGGUUAUUGAGAAUAUGUCCGGUUAUGCUUGUCCGUGCUGUGGAGAGGUGAGCAACUUGUUCUCCAGCGGUGGUGGACAGAUCAUGGCUGAGGAACUCAAAAUUCCGUUCAUGGGCAGUGUGCCCAUUGACGUGAAAUUUGGGGAGUUGGUCGAAGGAAAGAUGGAAGCUGGGGAUAGUGAUGAUGAGGAAAGCGAAGCACAAAAUGCUCAACCACAAGAAACUGCUGAACCUGAUGACCGGCCCCUCGUUGAACGAUACCGGGACUGUUGGUCCUAUCCCCGAUUUGAGGGCUUUUCGCAGACUAUUAUAAGUGGGAUUGAGGGAACAGCUACUACGACUUAG